AUGUUCGUGGGCAUCUUCAAGGAGCUGGCCCAGUACGCGAUCAGCGCGUACGGGCUUGGGCAAGUCUGGGCCGCAUGUGGGCCUGACGGUAUGACAGUGCGCGACCAGUGCACGCUCAUCGACCACGAGCAGAUGCAGGCUGCCAAGGCGGAUGACGCGGAAGAGGCCUACCAGACGCAGGCCCUCCUCGCCGUCGACGUUGAGUACCACACGGUUGCGGAUUACGCCGACGCGUACCCGUGCGACGUUGACUGUAUCUGCGGCCUCGGCGCCGCCCCCGUGACUGGCUUCGCCCAUGGCCGCGCCUCCUACGACGCUCCGCUCUUCAUGACCGCGGCCCCGGCGCGCCCCGCCGACCUCUUGGCCGUGCCAGAGCCCACCGGGACGGUGGAGGGCUCCUGCCUGGACUACCUCAUCGUGGCGCCGAACCUGGACCCGAGGCUAGGCCUCAAGGGCCUCUUCUCCCAGUUCGGAGAGGUGGCUGCCUGCUGGCUGCCCCCGCUGGACAAGCGCGGGAAGGAGCCUGCCUACGUAAAGUUCAGCCGGCCAGACGCGGCCCAGGCCGCUCUCCAGGACGGGGGGGGGGAAGCGUGCAACGAUAGCCUCAUCUACCUCGACGGGGUGCGCCUGAACGCGGCGUUCCGGUCGAUGCCCACGCGGACGCAGGAUGACAGCCGCGAGUUUGACGCCAAGGGCAGCAAUUUGGCAGCGCCCCGCCCUCGGGGGCAUGGCGACAUUCACGCGAUCAUGGCUGCACUCGCGCUGCAGACCCGCAUGCAGCUCCCAGUCCUCUUCCCCGCCGUAGACUGA